AAAUUCAUCAUGAGGAAUGAAGCAAGAAGACUGAGAACUUUUUGGCAGUGGCCAGAUAGCUCACCUGUGUCUGCCCAAGAUCUGGCCAGGGCUGGCUUUUUCUUUGUGGGUCCUGGAGAUGAAGUACAGUGCUUCUGUUGUGGUGGCAUCCUGAAGGAUUGGGUACCUGGUGACUGCCCUAUGGUAGAGCACCUGAAGUUCUUCCCUUCCUGUAAAUUCAUUUCUGGUGAGGAUGUUGGGAGCCAACAAGUGUUUCCUCUUGAGGAAAUAUUUGACUGUGUGGAUGGGCAGUUCCUCAGCCUCUUGCAGAGGAUAGACAGUGAGGAGACAGCUCUUCCCAAUCACCCGGAAUACCCGGAAAUGGGAACAGAGGAGAUGAGACUAUCUACUUUCCAGAGCUGGCCACAAUAUAUGGAGGUACAUCCUGAGCAACUGGCUAGAGCAGGAUUCUUCUACACAGGGCAAGGUGAUAUGGUGAGGUGCUUUUACUGUGAUGGAAGUGUGAGGAACUGGGAGUUCGGAGAUGACCCUUGGAGAGAACAUGCAAAAUGGUACCCAAGGUGUGAAUUCUUGUUGCGAUCAAGGGGAAGAGAAUUUGUUAGCAGUGUUCAAGAGUCCUUUUUCAGCACUCUGGUAUCCCCAAGAGAUUCCUGGCACCAAGCUGACCAAGAUUCUUCUGCUUCCCAAGAUCCGGUGAGGAAUUGGGAAUUGCAGUUUCUUCCUCUUCUGGAUCAGUUUUCUGUAGUGCAGAAUAUCCUGCAGAUGGGCUUUGACCCCACCUUGGUGGCUGACCUGGUAGAGAACAAGUACAUGCUGACUGGGACUUACUACCUUUCUGAGUCUGAACUGAUUUCUGAUCUGCUUCAGACAGACUGGGAAGGGACCAACAGUGCAGAAGAAAGCAGAGACCGUGUUCAGAGAGAGACUGAAACAUCGUGUUCAAGAGAAGAAAUACAACCCGUGCAACAGAAGGAAUCAGAGGAGACUCCAUUGAGCACAGAAGAGCAGCUCAGACGCUUGCAGGAGGAGAGGAUGUGCAAAGUGUGCAUGGACAGAGAUGUGUCUGUUGUCUUUGUUCCUUGUGGUCACCUGGUAGCAUGCGCAGAAUGUGCCUUCAACUUGAGACUGUGUCCUAUCUGCAGAGCUGUCAUCCGGGGAAGUGUGAGGACUUUCAUGUCCUGA